GAAGUGUCAUGAUGAUCUCUCCAUUGGCAAAAGAUUCCGGAAUAGUCCCCCAUUCGGAUCUCCGGGAGGAGACUGCCAAGGGGGAGGUUACCAUGAGAAAAAGAUUGAAUAAUCAACGAAAGGAUAACAUUUAAGAGUCGGGGUGUGGAAUGUCAGAAGCUUGAAUGUGGUAGGGAAACUAGAAAAUCUGAAAAGGGAAAUGCAAAGGCUCAAUCUAGAUAUAGUAGGGGUCAGUGAAGUGAAGUGGAAGGAAGACAAGGAUUUCUGGUCAGAUGAGUAUCGGGUAAUAUCAACAGCAGCAGAAAAUGGUAUAACAGGUGUAGGAUUCGUUAUGAAUAGGAAGGUAGGGUAAAGGAUGUGUUACUGUGAACAGUUCAGUGACCGGGUUGUUCUAAUCAGAAUAGACAGCAGACCAACACCAACAACGAUAAUUCAGGUAUACAUGCCGACGUCGCAAGCUGAAGAUGAACAGAUAGAAAAGUGUAUGAGGAUAUUGAAAGGGUAAUGCAGUAUGUAAAAGGGCACGAAAAUCUAAUAGUCAUGGGCGACUGGAAUGCAGUUUUAGGGGAAGGAGUAGAAGAAAAGUGUAUGAGGAUAUUGAAAGGGUAAUGCAGUAUGUAAAAGGGCACGAAAAUCUAAUAGUCAUGGGCGACUGGAAUGCAGUUUUAGGGGAAGGAGUAGAAGAAAAGGUUACAGGAGAAUAUGGGCUUGGGACAAGGAAUGAAAGAGGAGAAAGACUUAUUGAGUUCUGUAACAAGUUUCAGCUAGUAAUAGCGAAUACCCUGUUCAAGAAUCACAAGAGGAGGAGGUAUACUUGGAAAAGGCCGGGAGAUACGGGAAGAUUUCAAUUAGAUUAUAUAAUGAUCAGACAGAGAUUCCGAAAUCAGAUACUGGAUUGUAAGGCGUACCCAGGAGCAGAUAUAGACUCAGAUCACAAUAUAGUAGUGAUGAGGAGUAGACUGAAGUUCAAGACAUUAGUCAGGAAGAAUCAAUACGCAAAGAAGUGGGAUACGGAAGUACUAAGGAAUGACGAGAUACGUUUGAAGUUCUCUAACGCUAUAGAUACAGCAAUAAGGAAUAGCGCAGUAGGCAGUACAGUUGAAGAGAAAUGGACAUGGCUAAAAAAGGCCAUCACAGAAGUUGGGAAGGAAAACAUAAGUACAAAGAAGGUAGCUGCGAAGAAACCAUGGGUAACAGAAGAAAUACUUCAGUUGAUUGAUGAAAGGAGGAAGUACAAACAUGUUCCGGGAAAAUCAGGAAUACAGAAAUACAAGUCGCUGAGGAAUGAAAUAAAUAGGAAGUGCAGGGAAGCUAAGACAAAAUGGCUGCAGGAAAAAUGUGAAGACAUUGAAAAAGAUAUGAUUGUCAGAAGGACAGACUCAGCACACAGGAAAGUCAAAACAACCUUUGGUGACAUUAAAAGCAACGGUGGUAACAUUAAGAGUGCAACGGGAAUUCCACUGUUAAAUGCAGAGGAGAGAGCAGAUAGGUGGAAAGAAUACAUUGAAAGCCUCUAUGAGGGCGAAGAUUUGUCUGAUGUGAUAGAAGAAGAAACAGGAGUCGAUUUAGAAGAGAUAGGGGAUCCAGUAUUAGAAUCGGAAUUUAAAAGAGCUUUGGAGGACUGACUGUCAAAUAAGGCAGAAGGGAUAGAUAACAUUCCAUCAGAAUUUCUAAAAUAAUUGGGGGAAGUGGCAACAAAACGACUAUUCACGUUGGUGUGUAGAAUAUGAGUCUGGCGAUAUACCAUCUGACUUUCGGAAAAGCAUCAUCCGCACAAUUCCGAAGACGGCAAGAGCUGACAAGUGCGAGAAUUAUCGCACAAUCAGCUUAACAGCUCAUGCAUUGAAGCUGCUUACAAGAAUAAUAUACAGAAGAAUGGAAGAGAAAAUUGAGAAUGCGCUAGGUGACGAUCAGUUUGGCUUUAGGAAAAGUAAAGGGACGAGAGAGGCAAUUCUGAUGUUACGGCUAAUAAUGGAAGCAAGGCUAAAGAAAAAUCAAGACACUUUCAUAGGAUUUGUUGACCUGGAAAAAGCGUUCAACAAUAUAAAAUGGUGCAAACUGUUCAAGAUUCUGAAAAAAGUAGGGGUAAGCUAUAGGGAGAGACGGGUCAUAUACAAUAUGUACAACAACCAAGAGGGAAUAAUAAGAGUGGACGAUCAAGAACGAAUUGCUCAUAUUAAGAAGGGUGUAAGAUAAGGCUGUAGCCUUUCGCCCGUACUCUUCAAUCUGUACAUCAAGGAAGCAAUGAUGGAAAUAAAAGAAAGGUUCAGGAGUGGAAUUAAAAUACAAGGUAAAAGGAUAUCAAUGAUACGAUUCGCUGAUGACAUUGCUAUCCUGAGUGAAAGUGAAGAAGAAUUAAAUGAUCUGCUGGACGGAAUGAACAGUCUAAUGAGUACACAGUAUGGUUUGAGAGUAAAUCGGAGAAAGACGAAGGUAAUGAGAAGUAGUAGAAAUGAGAACAGCAAGAAACUUAACGUCAGGAUUGAUGGUCACGAAGUCAAUGAAGUUAAGGAAUUCUGCUACCUAGGCAGUAAAAUAACCAAUGACGGACGGAGCAAGGAGGACAUCAAAAGCAGACUCGCUAUGGCAAAAAAGGCAUUUCUGGCCAAGAGAAGUCUACUAAUAUCAAAUACCGGCCUUAAUUUGAGGAAGAAAUUUCUGAGGAUGUACGUCUGGAGUACAGCAUUGUAUGGUAGUGGAACAUGGACUGUGGGAAAACCGGAACAGAAGAGAAUCGAAGCAUUUGAGAUGUGGUGCUAUAGACGAAUGUUGAAAAUUAGGUGGACUGAUAAGGUAAGGAAUGAGGAGGUUCUACGCAGAAUCGGAGAGGAAAGGAAUAUGUGGAAAAUGCUGAUAAGGAGAAGGGACAGGAUGAUAGGACAUCUGCUAAGACAUGAGGGAAUGACUUCCAUGGUACUAGAGGAAGCUGUAGAGGGCAAAAACUGUAGAGGAAGAUAGAGAUCGGAAUACGUCAAGCAAAUAAUUGAGGACGUAGGAUGCAAGUGCUACUCUGAGAUGAAGAGGUUAGCACAGGAAAGGAAUUCGUGGCGGGCCGCAUCAAACCAGUCAGUAGACUGAUGACCAAAAAAAAAAUUUUGUACUGGGAAGCAUUUUCUCCGGAAGCCAUGGUUUUUAAGAGUUAUUCAAGAAAACCAUUGAAAAGUGGCCUUCAGAUAGCCCCCACCGAUAUGCCCACAAUUGUUAGAAUGUCGUUCAUGGGACUCCUUCCCACCACUGUAAAAAAAUUUGUGAUUAUGCUAAUUUUUCCCUUAAUUUUCCUUUGUUGGCUGUAUUAUGUCUCUGAACUAUAGUUAACAAUAUUGGCGUUCCAUUAGCAUAUUGGCUAAAAAUCAAACUUUAUUCUGUUUAAGCAGGUUUCCUUCACUGUAAUAUGCAUACAAUAACAACACACAAUUGAAUUACAUGCACCAUACUCUAAUCUGGAAAAUACUUUUGGUUAUUGAGAAACAUGUUUAUUUACUUCUGUAUUGUUUAUAAACAUGGAUGGAAUUUUUUUUUUUUAUACAAAACUUUCCUGAGGUGACUGUCUAUGGCUGUUAAGUAGUUUGAAAAAGCCAUAUUCGUGGUGUCAUCAGCUGUACAAUUGUAUAUUUAUUCUCUGCCAGCUUCAGUUAUAAUGACGGUCUUCACUGGAGAAAACAUUGUUUUUAUUUCCUAUCAAUUGUCGUGUGAGAAGAGAGAUAAAAGGAGAUUACUUAACAACUGUGUUUACUCACAGUUUCUGUUAACAGAGUAACUUUUAAAGUAAUUUGUAAAAUGUGUUGACACUAAUUCUAAAAUAAGUGUAUUCUUAAAAGAUAGUGUGCCUCAUUAAAAAGUGGAGAAUCUGGAAUGGAAUGGAGUAACAACAAUAUGUCUUGCGACAUAUUGCUACUCACCACAUAGAAAAGGCAUUAAGCAUCGGACACAAACAUUUAAAAAUAGGCGAUUGGAUAUUAUUCAGCAUUCAAAAGUCCUUCAUCAGGCGAAGAAACACAUGUACCCUUUCAUACAAAUACAACACGCACACACAUGGCCACUGUUCUAUUCAGCUGCUGUGGCCCCACUUCACAUUGGACUUGAAUGUAGAUUAUAGUACGUGCCAGUAUUUACAACUACCAUAAAUAAUGAAUGCAGCAGAUGCAUCUCUUAACCUUGACUAGCCAACUUAAGUACAUGCUUCUUCCCGAGACCAAGAUUCAGAUCACACUACUUCUCUCUGCCCAGUUCAUAGAUUGUUCUCUUCUCGUGGCAUAGGAUUUCUGGAGGCUGCAUCGAGGUUAAUAGUUCCACAGACUGUUACUGAGGCAGUGUCAGUAGCUGCACUAAACUUGUUCAUCAUGAGAGAGAAGAAAGUUGCUCCUUCAAAAGGUCAUUAUGGUUAACAGAAGGAACAUACAUAAAGAAAUUGUGUCUUCAAAACUUGGAACAGGGAAUACAGUUGCUCAGUGUUUUCAAGGCAGUGGAGUCACAGUGCCAGGGGACAACAGUGGCUGUGUGUUACGAUUAAC